AUGCCAGGCGAGUGGUCACAUCACGAUGCUUGCUUGAUUCUAUACCCGCACAAUCCCAAGACUUUUCGGUUGGUGCGCGUACAAGAAGAAGUUAUCAACGUGACAAGGGCAAUCUCCAAGGAUGGAGAGGAACCUGUGUUUCUACUAUGCUACAACGACGAACAAGCCUCCGAGCUCAAGGAACAAAUCGGUGAAGAAGGCAUCCGAAUUCAUACGUGCCCGAGUGACGACACUUGGGCCCGCGAUACAUGUCCAACACUGGUGUGGAAUAGUGACACAAAACAGAUUGAAGGCUUGGAUUGGGAUUUCAAUGCGUAUGGUGGACCCGUGGAAGGGUGCUACUGGCCGUGUGACAAAGACCAGCAAAUUGCCAAGAAAGUCUGCCAGGAUAUCUUGAAUGUAAAGUGUCAUGCUAUUUCAAUUGUACUGGAGGGUGGAUCGAUCCAUACCGACGGGGAAGGCACUUUACUCGCAACUGAGGAGUGCCUGUUGAAUCCGAAUCGAAAUCCUCAGCUACCGAAAGUUACAAUCGAGACCACUCUCAAAGGUUGUUUAGGAGUGUCAAAAGUGAUUUGGUUGCCGCAUGGUUUGGAUGCCGACGAAGACACCAAUGGGCAUGUUGAUAACUUUUGUUGCUUUGUCAAACCUGGCCAUGUCCUCUUGGCAUGGACAGAUGACAAUGUCAAUGACGCAGAAAACUACAAACGAUGUCGAGUUGCAGAGACCGUUUUGUCAUCAACCACAGAUGCCAAAUAUCGAAAACUAGUCGUGCACAAACUCGGUCUUCCGCCACCACUGUAUUACACAAAAGAAGAAGCAAUUAGUCUAAGCAACGAGAGUGCGGAAGCUGUUGGGAGGGUCGAGGGUGAAAAGAUGGCAGCGUCAUAUGUUAAUUUCUACAUUGCCAACAAGGCAAUAAUCCUUCCUCAGUUCGGGGUCCCAUCCGAUUCAAUCGCCUGCGACACCAUCCAGGCGCUGUUUCCGAAUCGAAAGGUUGUCGGUGUUGGAAGUCGGGAAAUACUGUUGGGCGGUGGAAACAUACACUGCAUCACUCAACAAGUACCAGCACCGUGUUCACGAUGA